UGUGAUCAGUGAUCACACAAAAAGUCAACAGGGAAGUGAAAAUAGAAUAAAAACGAGUAGAUAUAAAACAGUGGGAAGGAAUUAGGAAUAAACGAAACAUUCUAAUUAAUUAAUAUAAAUCAUAACUUAGAAACCGCUGACUUGUGCCAAGACAUGGCUAAGAACACUUCCAGUUCCGCUUUUCGCAAAAUUGAUAUUGAUCAAUACAACGAAGAUAAUUUUAAAGAUGAAGAAGCAGAGCAAUCAGUGCCCACUGGACCGGAUGAAGGAGACGUUUGUGCCUACCUCAAUCAAGGUAGAUAUGUUGAUGCUCUGAAGCUUGUUUUGAGCAAUGCCCCUCUUGGUUCAUCAGACCAACAAGUUAAGGAUAAUGCCUUAGCUCUGACUCUAAAGGUGCUCCUUGCCAUCAAGUCAGCACAAAUUGAAGAAGCGGUGGCGGCUCUGUCCCAAGAAGAUGUUGACAUUCUCAUGAAGUACAUCUACAGAGGGUUUGAGUACCCAUCGGAGGGCUCUAGUGGCCACCUGCUGUUGUGGCAUGAAAAGGCCUUCAGCAUUGGAGGAACUGGCUCCAUCGUCCGAGUACUCUCUGAUAGAAUGAAAGUUUAAAUCUAAGUUUUAUAUUGAAAUAAAGUAUUACCUAUUAUUAAACCCA